CUAGUCCCCGACUCAGACAAACUGAGGACAACUCCUGAUUGUACUUACUCAUAUACUUAAGAACAAUAUCGGCCAAAAUUUCUUCAUUUAUUUUUUGUAUUUUCUUGCUUAGAGUUGUUCAAUAAAAGCCAGCCAUGGAAGCAUACAGUGAAGAUUCAAAUAAAUUUAUUACGGAAGAAAAUUUAAAGCAAAUAGUUGAGAAUUGUGGUUACACAGACAAAGAACUAAGUUUUAAAACUUAUCUUAAACAUGCUAGUGAUAAAAUGCUAGGGUUUAUAGCUGAUUACUGGCGGCUUCAAAUACAUGUGACGAAUAACAAAUCGGGGUCAAGAAAAGUGCUACACUUUUUCAUUAAAGGCGCGUCAAAAUCUAACGAAGCAAAAGCAAACAUGGCGAAAGAGUAUAACCUGCUUGAAAAAGAAGUAUUAUUGUAUGCUACCAUCAAAAAGAAGCUUGAUAUUAAUGAUCUAAGACCGUGGAGUCCCAAAAUGAUAGCAAUCAUUGAUGAUGAUGCGUUGGUGUUUGAAGAUUUAGCAGCUUUACAAUACAAAUUGCGAAAUAAAUUUGAAAGAUUUGAUAAACCGCAUACUUUACAAGCCCUGAAUACAUUAUCGCGAUUUCAUGCUUCUUCUAUCGUAUACGAAGAAAAAAAAAGUAAAAUAUCAGGGCGUUCUUGUUUCUUAUACAAUGAAUAUAGUCAAUUAACGAGAGAUCUUGUCUAUACUAAAACAAAUACGUGGUUCUUACAAUGCAUGAACGGAGCCUUAGAAGCAAUACGAACUUACUCAAAAUACAAAGAUAAUAAAGAAGCAUUAACGAAAAUAGAGAAAAGCUGGGAAAAUAUUUGGUUCUCUGCUUUAGAAUUAACCGAAAUCUCAACCAAAUACAGGAAUGUUAUAUGUCAUCGGGAUUUAUGGAACAAUAACUUGAUGUUUCACUAUAAACAAUCGGGAGAUUGUUUAGAACCAGACGACUGUGUUUUGGUGGACUUUCAGGCUUUUAAAUGUCAUCCACCAACGGGUGACGUUAUGCAAUUACUGUACUGUAAUUUAGACCCUGUAUUUCGAGAAACUCAUUUAAAUACCUUUUUAAACUAUUACUACAAACAAUUAACAGUCAACCUUGCUAAUCAUGGUAUAGAAAUUAAUGAAAUCUUAAAUAAACAGGAUUUCUUAGCCUCAGCUGAGGAAAUGACUAAAUGGGGUCUCGUUUCAUGCGCUUGCCUAAUUCAAUUAUUUUGGGUUGAUGAUGAAUUGACUACUGAAACUUUUUCGGACUCGGAACAGUUCAAUCAAAUAAUGUCCGAAAAUAAGGGCGAGUUUUUAAAGAAAAUGAUGAGCAUUAACGAGGAUUAUAAGAACAAGGUUUUGGGAAUCUUUGAAGAAAUUGUUGAAAAAUAUUGUAUACCUGAACUUGCUAAAUAAUUUAUUAGAUAUCAAUUCAUUGCACACUCAUUAAUAAAAAAAUGGGAUACAUCCUGUUUUAAUUCAUUAUUUUCUUGCAAACACUACAAAAAACAUUGUAGAUAUAUAUUUAACUGAUCUAAUAAUACCGUUCGUCUUAAACUUAACGAACAUUUUCAGUGGGAACAUUAGCAUCGUUUUUAACGGCGUUAUAGCUCCAAACUGGAUUAGGGACGAAUUUGUUGUCUUCCAGCUUCCGAGUCCCAUAUUUUCUAUACCAAGGAUCCUCAUCUCUUUUGCUGUAUAUGUCACAAAAUGGACGAAUGAGAAGAAUGUAUAGCAACUCCACGAAACUCAAGAUACUAGCGCCGAGAAAAAGACCCCCGGUACCUCCAGUAGACACUGAAAUUUUAUAAAGGGUUUUAAAAUA